UGUGGUGAAAUUGAGAGACAUGCCGACCUUAGAAGGGACAGAGAGUUUCUGAGCCAAGCUCAAGCGAGUUUGGGUGAACUGUUUUUUUUAAUAAUGUGAUUUUUUUUGACAAAUAUUGACAAAAGUUUCAACUGUCUGUAAAAAUUUGUCAUGGAAUCACAUUCAUGUGAGGCGUGGUAAAAAAAGAAAAACAAAUUCAGUGCUCACCGGGCCCGGCAGCCCAACUUCUCUCUGCGUCGCCGCGAAAUUUCCAUCAAUUCCCCACUGUCCACCGGAACCGGGGUGGUGGUAGUGCUCGAUGUGUGUUCGGCGAAAUGUCACCGCAAAGCUAGCGCUGCCUCUCCUCUCGGCGCGCGUGCUUGCCGGGGUCGAUUCCGGUCGCCGCGCGCGCAAGGUGCUCGGCGUAAUGGCUUCCUCGGUUGCCUAUGCUGCACCUCCUUCGGCGCCGUGCAGUGCGUGCCGACAUGCCGCCACGAGACCGAGGUCAAGGAGAGGAGGCCGACAAGGACGACUCCACUACCGGGCCGCUCGCUGCAAUCCACUGGCCGGGUAGUCUGUGCGGUGGUGUCUUGACGCGGCCGCACCCGUGUCCUCGUACACGCGACGUCGCCGUCGGGGCCCCGGGGAGCGUACUGAUUGCGCGUGCCGACCUGGCCUCAGGGUCUCCGAAGACGGCGCGCGCCGCGCUGUCGCGCACCCUUGUUUUGGCCAGGAUAGCACUUAAGUUAUGCACCAAGGCCAUGGCGACAAGAUUACCACAACAAGAUCGGUUGGAAUGUUUCAUAAGCAUCGAUUGUGGCAUCCAAGUGAAUUCUACCUACCAAGAUUCCAUUUCAAAUAUGAUAUAUGUAUCAGACUAUGGUUUCAUCACCCCUGGAGAAAACCGUGGCAUCUCCUCAGAUUACGUAAAGCCAUCACUGGUGAAACGCUAUCUGAAUCUCCGGUUCUUUCCACACGGCGCAAGGAAUUGCUACACCCUGAGAUCCUUGGUGAUGGGAAACAAGUACCUUGUUCGUGCCGCCUUCUACUAUGGAAACUAUGAUGGCCUGGGCAAACCUCCUGUCUUUGAUCUGUACAUGGGGACAAGCUACUGGCAUGAAGUUAGCUUCAGUGAUGCAGGAGCAUUCAACUGGAUGGACAUCAUAGUUGUGGCUCCUGAUGAUUACUUGCAAGUUUGUUUGGUGAACAAAGGUAUGGGUAAUCCAUUUAUUUCUGGGCUGGAUUUGAGGCCACUGAAGAAUACCCUUUACCCAGAGGUAAAUGCAACUCAAUCGCUCGUGCUGGUUAAUUCUAAUCGGUUCCACAUGGGGCCUACAGACGGUUCAGUAAUCAGGUACCCCUCGGAUUCCCAUGACCGCAUCUGGACGACAUAUAAUGCAAUUCCAAACUCUACUGAGAUAUCUUCAACAUCUGUAAUUCAGAAUAACCUCAGGGAUGUCUAUGAUGUGCCAUCAUCUGUUAUGCAAAAUGCAGCGACUGUUAAUAGCUCAAGAAUUGAUUUCUCAUGGAGUCCAUCUGAUCCAUCAGUGAACAUAAGCUCCAAAUACUUUUUUAUUUUCUACUUUGCUGAGCUGCAGAAUGUACGGAGCAAUGCAGUGCGGCAGUUUGAUAUCAUUAUCAAUAACAAGACAUGGAACAAGCAACCUUACACCCCAACAUUCCAAGUCACCGAUUAUUUUUCCGGGAUUUUGCACGGGAUGGAAAAUUAUAGUGUCUCACUUGUUGCUACAAAAAAUGCAACACUUCCACCUAUCCUCAAUGCCAUGGAGAUGUACUUGGUGAAACCGAUAACUAUGGUUGCAACUGAUCCUGGAGAUGCUAGAGCCAUGAUGGCAAUCCAAGACGAUUUUGGUGUGAUAGAAAACUGGAUGGGUGAUCCAUGUACUCCGAAGGCUUUUAUAUGGAGAGGAUUAAACUGCUCAUAUCCACCAGCAGGUGCCUCUAAAAUAAUGGCACUAAACUUGUCUUCCUUUGGGUUGGUUGGUGCCAUCUCUACUAAUUUUAGAGAUCUCAAAGCACUCCAGUAUCUGGAUUUAUCACACAACAACUUGUCUGGUCCUAUUCCGAAUUUUCUUGGGCAACUUUCCUCACUAAUGUUUCUGGAUUUGUCCAGCAAUGAUCUGAGUGGACCAAUUCCUUACAACCUUUUACAAAGGUCCCAAAAUGGGUCCUUAUUACUAAGGGUCGGUGAUAAUGCAAAUCUUUGUGCCAAUGGUACUGCCUGCAGAUCAGGUCGAAAGAAAAUCAACGGGACACUUCUCGUUGCAAUAGUUGUACCAAUAGCUGCUGCCUUUGCACUAUUUGUUAUCUUUCUUUUGCUGUGCCAAGUGCUCAAAGGAAAAGCUAAGCGAAACACUACUGGCCAUGAAGAUAAAUCAGCAUUACUUGAGAACCGAGAGUUCUCUUACAAAGAACUGAAGCAUAUUACGAAUAACUUCAGUCAAGAGAUUGGAAAGGGCGGGUUUGGACCUGUCUUCCUUGGUUACUUGGAGAAUGGAAACCCAGUUGCUGUGAAAGUGCGUUCCGAGUCAUCUUCCCAAGGGGGUAAAGAGUUUCUGGCUGAGGCUCGGCACUUGACCAGGAUUCAUCACAAGAAUUUAGUUUCUUUGGCUGGCUACUGCAAGGACAGAAAUCAUUUGGCCCUUGUUUACGAGUACAUGCCCGAAGGGAACCUGCAGGAUCAUCUGAGAGCCACUUCUACUUGUAAACCACUCAGUUGGGAGCAGCGCCUUCAGAUCGCCCUUGAUGCUGCACAAGGUCUUGAGUAUCUGCACAUCGCUUGUAAGCCAGCAUUGAUACACAGAGAUGUGAAGAGCAGGAACAUCCUCCUGACCACAGAUCUUGGGGCUAAGAUUGCUGAUUUUGGCCUGACCAAGGCUUUCAGUGACUCCGAAACACAUAUAACCACGGAACCAGCUGGUACUAUGGGCUACUUAGAUCCUGAGUACUUUCGCAGUUAUCACAUCAGUGAGAAGAGCGACCUGUACAGCUUUGGCGUUGUCCUCCUGGAGCUCAUCACGGGCCAUGCCCCGGUCAUACCUAUUAAUGACAGCAUGAGCAUCCACAUCGGCGAGUGGGUGCACCAGAGCCUCGACCAUGGAAACAUCGAGAGCAUUGUGGAUGCAAAGAUGGGAGGGGACUAUGACAUCAACUCUGUCUGGAAAGCUGCUGACUUGGCGCUGCAUUGCAAGCGAGACGCCUCCCGAGAGCGGCCGACGAUGGCGGAGGUGGUGGCGCAGCUUAAGGAGUGCUUGGAGCUCGAGAACCGUCGUGACGGGAGGAGAAGAAGCUUGGGUUCGAAUGGUGAUGAUUCGACCUGUCCUGGAGAGGCAAGUGCACUUGAGAUAGAAGAAGAAGAAAAGCAGCACGAUGGGGAGAUACAAGCGGCUGCUGGCCCUGCAAUGAGAUAAUAGGUUUGAUGAUCUUGCAUAAAUGCUGGAGGUUUGAGCGCUCUCGUCUUACCUUUCUGAUAAGCCGUCAUCCUGUCUUUCUUUGUGAUGUUCUCAAAUUUCUGGCAAUGCUUAGAUGGAGUCUACCUGUUCUAGAUAAAAAAGAAUUGUGAUGAAAGAAGCUCAAUUGGAUUA